AGCAGCAGCAGCAGCAGCUGAAGCAUCAUCGGCAGCAGGAUCAGUGUGAUGAAGCAGCGGAGGAGGCAGACCUUUCUGCUCUGAGACUCUGGAGCAGCCCGCAGACAGGAUGGCUGAUGUUAUGAACUCUUUGGAGCCUGGGACAGAGGACUUUAGCGGAGGAGGAGCAGGAGAUAAGGACUCAAUCUUCCCAGAUACACAUGAGAGGUAUCCAAAGCUGUCGAAGAGGCUUCCCUCCAUUGUGGUGGAGCCAACGGAUGCGACCGAAGUGGAGAGCGGUGAGCUCCGCUGGCCACCAGAUGAGCCCGGCCCCCCAGAUGCGCAGAGUGAGAGACGGCGAGCAGAUACUCAAACUUCAGGUGAGAAGAAGUCAGACGCCAGCGAGAAUGAAGAGACUUCAAGGGUAGAGAUUCAGGACUCAAACUGAGCAAAUGUAUAAAACACACUGUCCCUGCAAGUCCAUCCAAUGAAAACAAGCCUGAUAGAAGAGCGCCUUGCGAGAACUGAGGGUUGAGAAACAGAUUUUUCAAACCCCAGCUUAAUGGGCCUGAGGUCAGAGUUGUGUAAUUUUUCGUUCUUUUUUUAUGUUUUACAGGUUAAGGUGUUUUAGAUUAAUAAAGGGGACCAAUGACACGUUUGUCUGUUUUCUACCACUUUUUGCUUUGACUACAGUCACCCAACCGGCAAAGUUGUCUGCUUCGCGCGCACACACACACACACACACACACACACACACACACACACACACACACACACACACACACACACACACACACAUAUAUUACAAUUAAAAAAGAUGCAAUAACUUACGGCGGCAAUAAAUAUUUUGAUACCAAGAGUUUUCCUCUAACAACAUUUGCUACACUUCCUCUUGGCUCAUUCUUCCCCCUCUGGCUCCUAGCCCUCGUUAUCAAGGUACACACCAUCAUCAGCACAUCUGGCCUCAACAGAUAUCUCUAAAUGCUUUAUUAAGUAUUUAGCUCAUGUGUGCCAUAUUAUUACUAAUGGUAGCUACUGUAUUUUGUGCAGUUUUACACACUAAAGAUAAAAAACAUUAUGUGUUGUUUACUGUGGUAAAAUGUGGUGAUUUUUUGCUUUCACUAUUCACUUUGACUAAUAGCUUUGAGAAUAAAGAUGUAUCUUUUAUCUGAUGUUAUAUUCUAUAAUAAAUUAGAUAUGUAGAUAGUGUCUCCCUUCAGUGGGUGUU